GCUGGAAGCGUCUGGGGCGUUCCGAGCCGGCUCCCCGCGGGGGCGCGCGCGCGAGCUCGGGCUCGCUGCCCAGGGGGCAGUUAGCGACGGGAGCGGGCACUGGGGUCGUGGCAAGUGAGCGGCCCAGCCGCUAGGCCGAUGCCUGCGGUUGCGGAGGCCGACGCCAGGGAUCGCCGCGACUCGGUUGCCAGAGAGGGAGGGCCGGCUGUGGUCGGGAGGAAGAGAAGGAGGGGAAGGAGAGACCCAUCUGUCAAGAGGAUUGAGUGGCCUGAGGGACAGACUGUCAAUCCCAAGAUGCCCCUGCCUGAGCCCAGCGAGCAGGAGGGUGCAAGUUUAAAGGCUGGCGAGGAGCCAUCUCAUGGGGCCAGGAAGCCCCAAGAGUUCUCCAGUCUAGUCCUGGCAAAGGGUAAGGGGGGCUCCAAGCCGACUGGUGUCAUGUCCCUGGAGAUGUCUGGCCCAGCUACCGUAUCCAGCACCCCCCAAACCUUGCCAGCCAAGAAGCAGGGGCGGAUAAUCCAUCGAAAACGCAGCAGGGUGGAUGCAGUUGCCCCCCAGCCUUUGGAGUUCCUGAGGACCCCGUUUGGGGGCCGCCUCCUGGUGCAUAAGUCAUUCUUGUACAAGCAGGAGAAGGCUGUGGGGGACAAGGUGUAUUGGAAGUGCCGCCAGCAUUCGGAGCUGAGCUGCCGGGGACGGGCCAUCACCCGUGGCCUGCGAGUCACAGUGAUGCGGGAUCACUGUCACCCACCUGAUGAGGAGGGCCUGGAGGUUCGGCGCCAGAAGGAGAAGCUACCCAGCUCAGACCUGCCUGAGGGCUCUGAAGGCCAAGAGGAUGGGGUUAGCCUAUGGCUGUACCCUGUGGAACCAGAGCCCACCUCCCAGGAAGACAAUGAAGCCCCAGAGGAAGAUGAGGGGUACCGAGCCCUGGCACUACAGUGCUUGCCUCCCAAGAAGCGCCCCACACCUGGAGUGAUACGGUAUCGGCCCCUGGAGUUCCUGAAGACAUGCUAUGGAGGUACCUUCUUGGUGCACCAGUCCUUCCUCUACAAGCGGGAGAAGACCGUGGGGAGCAAGGUGUACUGGACCUGCCGGGACCAUGCAGUACAUGGCUGCCGUAGCCGUGCCAUCACCCAGGGCCAACGGGUGACAGUGAUGCGCAGCCACUGCCACUCACCUGACAUGGAGGGCCUAAAGGCCCGACGACAGCAGGAGAAGACCAUAAAGAAGAUACAGGCAAGGCGGAUUGGUGCUGGGGACUUGGACGACAGUGAUGACUGUGAGGAUACACUGCUCCAAGGGGUGGACAGUCUGUUCUACCGCAGGGGGCGGGGGACCCUGACUCUCACCAGGUCCCGGUCCAGAAAGAGAGCAAAGGAGCGUCCUGAAGCCUCACAGGGAUCCCCUGAGGAAGAGGACCAGGAUGUAGACCCCAGAGGCCCAGAGUUCCUGAGGACACCUCUAGGGGGCAGUUUCCUGGUAUAUGAGUCCUUCCUCUACAGGCGAGAGAAGGCUGCUGGUGAGAAGGUGUACUGGACUUGCCGGGACCAGGCACGCAUGGGCUGUCGCAGCCGAGCCAUCACUCAGGGCAAGCAGGUGACUGUGAUGCGUGGCCACUGUCACCCACCUGAUCUGUUAGGAUUGGAGACUCUGAGGCAGCGGGAGAAACGUCCUGGCCCCACUCAGUGGGACAACCCAGACUGCCUCUCCCACAUCUUUGCAGAAGGCCCGGAGUUCCUGAAGACGCCUCUAGGGGGCAGCUUCCUGGUGUAUGAGUCCUUCCUUUACCGGCGGGAGAAGGCAACUGGUGAUAAGGUGUACUGGACUUGUCGGGACCAGGCACGCAUGGGCUGUCGCAGCCGCGCGAUCACACAGGGCCAGCGGGUGAUGGUCAUGCGCCGGCACUGCCACCCACCUGACAUGGGCGGCCUAGAAGCCCUGAGGCAGCGGGAGAACUUCCCCAACCUGACCCACUGGGAAGGCCCAGAGCCCUUGCAGCCCCUAGAGUUCCUGCGGACAUCUCUUGGGGGCCGGUUCCUGGUGUACGAGUCCUUCCUGUACAGGAAGGAGAAAGCUGCUGGUGAGAAGGUAUACUGGAUGUGCCGGGACCAGGCCCGGUUGGGCUGCCGCAGCCGUGCCAUCACCCAGGGCCGGCGGGUCAUGGUGAUGCGGAGCCACUGCCACCCACCUGACGUGGCCAGCUUGGAGGCCCUGAGGCAACGAGAGAGGCUUCCCAAUGCUACCCAGAAGAAGCCCAGAUCAAAAAUCUAAAACUGGACAGCAAAUCCCAAUGAGAUGAGUCUCCUCUGAAGCAAGAGAGGAGCAGCUGACACCACAGAUGCUUCCUGUCCACGCAGGCAUUUCCCAUCCACUUAGAUCGCUUGCCAAAAACUUUCACAAAGCAUCGACGGCCUCCAUAUUCCCUCAGAGGUCUUCCAGGAGGAGUGCUUGGACCUUGGAUGGUGUCC